CUGACCAUUGACAAAAACGUGCUGCCUCCAAAUGUGGUACUGACUCCAGCGAUCAUCGUCCUGGACGUGGCCGUGCUGCAGCUGCGGCAGCGAGGGCAGCGGCGGCGGCGGCGCCGGCGGCAGCAGCUGCGGGGGCGGCGCCGGCGGGCCGAGCGGCUGGACGGGCUGCGGGUGCUGGUACUCCAUGGGGCAGGUGUAUUCCAAGCGCAGGGCGCUCCGUCACUGAUAACACAUCGCGAGAGGCGCGGUCGGCGCUGGCGCGGUGCGCGGGCGUGCGUGCGCGGCGGCGAGCGGCGCGCGAGUCGCCUCCGACCAGCCCGACGGCGCCUGCGCCCCCCUAAACACGCCGCCCCACCGCCGCCCCCCCACGCGGAGGCCUUCGAGCCUCGGACCCCUUGCUAA